AAAGGAAUCAAAAAAUUUGUAAAGACACUGAAACUUGGUCAUUAAGGAGAAAAAGCCCAAAAAUAUCCUUUUGUUUUUAUAAAUAGUGCCUAAAAAUGAUGAAGAAAGAUCAAAUACUUUCUUCAAUUCUCUUGUUUUUCUUCUUGUUUACAGCCUUUAUCACAACAAUGGCAGAUUCACAAGCUUCAUCACAACCCUCUAAUGAGUCUAAAGUUCAUAUAGUGUAUACUGAGCAACCUAAAGAUCAAGAACCUGAAGAGUAUCAUAUCAAAACCCUAACUUCUGUUCUUGGCAGUGAGGAGGCUGCAAAAGAGGCAUUGUUAUACAGUUACAAGCACGCAGCUAGUGGAUUCUCAGCAAAGCUGACUGCUGAGCAGGUUUCUGAGCUCUCAAAGUUACCUGGAGUGCUGCAAGUUGUUCCAAGCCAAACAGUUCAGUUGCACACUGGACGCGUCUGAAAGACUACUUUUGAGACCUCAUCUCAAAAACAAGUUUCCUUGAUGUGUAUAAACUUGCUAUCUAUGCUUGUUUCAAUGGUGUUUUGAACUUAGAUUGAAAGACUAUCCCUACUCCCUAAUGUAAUUGUGGUACUUGUCGCUGUAACGCUCGUUUUAACUAUAUGAAAAUAAAGUCGUCUGCUUAAUAUACUUGUA